AACAACUACCCAACCAAUCCCUCCCUCUCGGAGUAGCCUCCCACACCGCCCCCCUCCUCGGCCAUCCUCAUCUCGCCUGUGCUCUCCACACGACCACACCAAAAAAUCCAGACCUGCCCGCCCGCCUCUCCUCGCCUCCUCGUCUGCCUCCUCUCCUGCGCUUCAGUUUCCAGGCUAGGUUGCUGUUGUUGUUCACAUGGAUUCCUUUUUCCAAAGAGCUUUCGGCGACCCAAUGUGCUCGGAAGACAGUAAUGUUGUCCAACAAGGAAUUGAUAAAUGCCCAUUCCUGAGGAACAUCAACGAGCCUACAAGUUUUUCCUUGACAUCCAUUAAUUUCCCCGCUCCGGCAACCGGAGCCAAGGGUCCAAUUUUUGAAGACGGGCCCAACUUUGACACGGCGUUUCGAGUUUUCCAUGGCAGAGACGGGGUUGUUCCACUUUCAGAAGGAGCCUUUGCACAUAUUGAGAAGCCUCUGCCAAAGCCCACUCCUGAAUUUAACCCCUUGGCAGCCAAAGCAGCUACCAUCAGUCUCUCGGGAUUCGGAGGCUUUUUCAGCUUCGGUGAUUUCUCAAACAAGCGCAAUAAGCAGAACUCCAACAAGAAGAAUCCCAACAACCUCCCCCAGAAUAAAGGCCAGUCUAAUAACAAUCAUGAAGCGAUGAGCAAUGACUGGCUGGAAAAUGGUCAAUGCCCUCUUGCAAAGUCAUAUAGAGCAAUUGGUGGAGUCGUGCCUCUUGUCGCAAAGCUGCUGACACCCCCAGCUGGUAUGAAACUGACGUGCCCUCCUGCGAUUGUUGCUGCCCGUGCAGCAAUAUCCCGCACGGCGUUUGCGAAGGGGCUUCGCCCUCAGCCCCUACCGACAAAAGUAGUGGUGAUCGCACUGCUCGGUAUGGCAGCAAAUGUUCCUCUUGGCAUCUGGAGGGAGCACACUACAAAGUUUUCAGUGCAGUGGUUUGCGGCGGUCCAUGCUGCAGUGCCUUUCAUAGGGAUGCUGAGGAAGUCCAUCCUGAUGCCGAAGAGCGCCAUGGCCCUUACCAUAGCUGCCUCGAUAUUGGGUCAGACAAUUGGUUCAAGAGCUGAACGUAUCAGAUUGAAGAGGGCAAAAUUAGCAGCAGAGGGCCAUGGCCAUGAACAUGCUACCCGGAUUGAAGCUCCGGUGAACCUGAAAACUGGGAGCUCUGGUGCUGUCCAGCUCUGGGACCCGCUUGGCCUCAGAGUCAAAGGCGCCGUGUCCCCAGCCCUGGUUCCGACUGUCGGUGCCAUGUAUUGAUGAGAUGAUCGUGCUUCAUUGCGGCGGUUGUGAGAAUUGUAUCAGAGUUCCAGAAAUUGUUUCUUGUAUUCAUUGUUGUUGUGUCUUGUAAAGGAUUACUGGCUACAUUGGAUUCUUCUCCCCACUAUCAUGAGUUGGGUGCAGUCAAUAAAUUUCACCAUGUUCUUUGGUUU